AUGGCAUUGAGGUUGGAGCCUCUUCUUCCCAGAUUAAUAUCUGAUGAGCAAGGCGCUUUCCAAAAAGGAAAGAUUAUCCAUGAUAAUAUUAUUGUUGCUUCAGAACUUGCGAACUUGAUGUUCUCAUCCACCAGAGGAGGGGAUAUCGGCAUAAAAAUCGACAUCAGAAAAGCCUAUGAUACAAUUGACUGGAAGUUUAUCUUUCAGGUUAUGCAUAGAUUUGGUUUCUCUGAGAGAUGGAUUGGCUGGCUCAACCAAAUUCUAAUAUCUUCUAAGAUUUCAAUUCUAGUUAAUGGAGGUCCGCAAGGUUUGUUUAAUGUGGAACGAGGCUUGAGAUAA